GGCGGCAAACCGUUUCUACUUCUUCUUCUUCUCUCUCUCAGGCUGGAAGAAUAGAAACUUUAGGAAUCGAAUCCCAAGAAAACCCUAGAAAUUCCAAAGCAUGAGGCCUUCUUCAAGAAUCUCAUCCGAAGAAGAUCUCAGCCGCAUUCCGUUCAUUCCACCGCACCAGGCCCGGCGGAAAGGUGCUGGGACCCGCACAUGGCUCGUUGUCACGGACUCUGGGCAAUCGUACCUGGAGAAUGUCGGGAAGCAUUCGAUCAUGCGCAGGACGGGCCUCCCGGCCCGGGAUCUUAGGGUCCUGGAUCCGAUGCUCUCGUACCCAUCGACGAUCCUUGGGAGGGAAAGGGCGAUCGUCAUCAGUUUGGAGCACAUCAAGGCGAUCAUCACAGCGAAGGAGGUCCUCGUACUCAACUCGAAGGAUCCGAUGGUCGCUCCUUUCAUUCAAGAUCUUCAGCAUCGCAUCUUGAAUUCUCAUGGUGUGGGGCAGUCGGGAAUUGAGAAUGAUGAUACUGAAAUGGAGGAUAGGAUCAAAGCUGCAUGGGGCUCGCCCUCAUUUCAUGCACGUCAUGAGUCGGUGAGAUCUUCUAGCACAGGAGUUUCUCAACAGUUUAAUGCCUCCCCAAAGACCUCUAGGAUGAUGCCUGAAGCAAAAGAAAGCAGUCCCUGGUCCACAUUGGAUAUGCACAUAGUUGGGGGUCCCAAGGUGUUACCUUUUGAGUUUAGAGUACUUGAAGUUUGUCUUGAAUCCACUUGCAGAAGCCUUGAAAUUGAGACUUCUACAUUGGAGCUAGAGGCGUAUCCAGCUUUGGAUGAAUUGACCUCUAAAAUCAGCACCCUUACACUCGAACGUGUGAGACAGAUAAAGAGUUGUCUAGUUGCGAUAUCUGGACGUGUGCAGAAGGUGAGAGAUGAAAUUGAACAUUUAUUAGAUGAUGAUAUGGAUAUGGCUGAGAUGUAUUUGACAGAUAAGCUUGCUCAGCAAUCAUUAAGUGACGCCUCCUCAAGAGAUGAAUUAGAUAUUGGUGCAUUUGAAUUAGGUAAUGAGAGGGAUGAAGAUACUAAGAGCAAAUCCAGAAGCUUUAAUGAAAGCUCACGUGGUUUUAAACCUGAUAUUGAGGAGUUGGAGAUGCUUUUAGAAGCCUACUUUGUGCAGAUCGAUGGUACCUUACAAAAACUAUCCACGAUGAGAGAGUAUGUGGAUGACACAGAGGAUUAUAUCAACAUCAUGUUGGAUGACAAACAGAAUCAGCUACUACAGAUGGGAGUGAAGCUCAGCACUGGGAACCUGGUAUUCAAUGCGGGCAUUGUCGUGGUGGGUAUAUUUGGCAUGAACAUCCAUAUUAGUCUGUUUGAUACAGGCCCCAGGCAAUUCUGGGAGGCUACUCUCGGUACCACAUUAGGUUGUGUGGUUUUAUAUGUCAUGGCGCUUGGAUGGGGCAAGACAAAAGGACUGUUUGCUUGAAGAAAAUCUUGCUGCUCAAUUGCUGGUUGGAGGCAGUCUUUCUCCCUUUUAAGUAGACUAGGGAUGAAAGUAGGUGUAUGUUACAUGGACGUAAAUAAAUUUCAUUGUCUAACAAAAAAGGAAAUGAUUUUGUUGAUUCUACUUGCAAAUAGCUGAUCACAGUUGUUAAUCUGUUUUUUUACUGAAUUGAUGGGUUAUGGUUAUAAAAUCGCAACAAUUGGACAACUCCGG